CUCAUUUCGGGAAAAAUAGCCACAAAAUCUACCAACAUUAGAGUCCCCCAAAUUUUGAUGUUUCUAGUAUUGCUCAAACAUAUAAAAACUCAAAAAACAGUCUCCUCUCAUUCCUUAGUCUCAUCACCACUUACUCUAUUUAACAUCAUAUCUCAAAUCAAGAAAAUCACUUCAUCUUAAUAUGUGCUCUCCAUUAUGAUUAUGAUCUCAAAGGAAAAUCAGAAUAACAUUCAGAUUCAUCCCUGGUAGCUAAAAUAUAAUUUGAUUUUGUACUGAAAGAUCCAUCUAAUUAUUUAGUUUCUUCAAGAUUUAAUGGAUUCAUUUCCUGAAGUGGAGAUUUCAAACUCUGAGAACAAUAGCAUCAACACUACUGGGAAUACUUAUGUUGCAGGCACCUCGUCGUCAUCGUCUCCAACAACGUUAAGCCGGUACGAGAACCAGAAGCGCCGGGACUGGAACUCUUUUGGACAAUACCUUAAGAACCACAGGCCACCACUCACUCUCUCGCGGUGCAGUGGUGCUCAUGUUCUUGAAUUUCUUCGAUAUCUCGACCAAUUUGGAAAGACCAAAGUCCACACCCCAAUCUGCCCCUUCUAUGGUCACCCUAACCCGCCUGCUCCAUGUCCUUGCCCCCUUCGACAGGCUUGGGGAAGCCUCGACGCCCUCAUCGGUCGACUCCGAGCGGCAUACGAAGAAAAUGGAGGAAAGUCGGAGCUAAAUCCUUUUGGGGCUCGAGCUGUGAGGCUGUAUCUUCGGGAAGUGCGCGAUUUACAGUCAAAAGCUAGGGGAAUUAGCUAUGAGAAGAAAAAGAGGAAGCGCCCUCCUCCGCAGCCACAAGGCCCGCAACAGUUGACUGCAGCACCACCACAAUCACCACCAGGUGAAGGAUGAACAUCCCAGAAAUCAAACCAGUACUAGUUUUUGCAGAUUAUUGCAAGUAUCUUUCACUAGAUCUUUUUCGAAGAACCUGGGUGCAACUUAAAUCUUUUACAUGGGUAACUUCUCAUCUAUCUUCUGUUACAUCAGUAUUUAGGGUUAGUUAGUUUACUUUUCGAAAGUUGGAGAAACUGUGUUUUUUCUGUUAGUCAUCACAUUAACCAACCAAUUCCUAGAUCUUGGGUGGUCUUCUAAUUCUGUGUUUGUGAACCCCCUCCGCCCACCCCACUUCACCUAGGGGGUAGGGGUAGUUUAUGUUUAGCUUUUAUUGAGCCUUAGAGGCAAAAACUGCAAGGAUUAAAUGCACUAUUAGUAAUUGCAGACUUGCAACAAUUGCUUUCUAAAAGUUGUAGAAGUAAAUGUAAUCUCAAUUUGAAGCUUAGGUUCUCUGAUCACAGUGUUUGAUUUGGAAUCA